AUGAGCUCAUACCUGAGAGGACGGAAAGGAAUAUUUAUUGGGAAACUAGUUACAGUUUGCGGAAUAAUUAGUCUUCUCUUCGGAUUGCUCUUGGACUCCACUCUACCAGUAGAGGCCGGCUUUCUGUUAUCCCAACCCUUUCAGAUUGUUUCAGAACAAGCAACAGGACUCUACGAAAUGGCAAGAACUUCAACUACAACCUCAAAGCCUCCAUCCAGGAAGGAACUGGGAAACGCUGGUUGGACAUUGAUUCACUCAAUUGCUGCCAACUAUCCCCCAACCCCGUCAAGCAGUGAGCAGCGCCAUGCUAAAGCAUUCUUGAAGAGCAUAGGCAAGUUGUAUCCAUGCAAACGAUGCCGCCAGCACUUCUCCAAGUACCUUUCCACGACUCCCCCAGACUUGACCAGCAGAGACCGAUUCAUGCUUUGGGCCUGCAAGGCACACAACGAAGUCAACCGUCGCCAAGGAAAACCGGAGUUCCCAUGCCAGAUGCAGAACUUGGAAUCGCGAUGGGGGGACUGCGGUUGCAAGCUCAAGAAGUAGUUGAGUAGUUGCGCCUGGAGAACAGCUGUUUGUACACUUUACGGAGCUAGUGCAACAGCUACUUAACGAAGUCCUCUUCUCCCAAGGUAUUAAAAAGUUCCCUUCGAACCUGAUCGUCGUUCAUGUUCUCGAAGUCAUCAUCUCCUGGAACAUCAACAAUGAGCGCGUCAGAUGCGUCGUCGUCCACAUCGAUAAGCCCGUCUACAUCCAAGUCCUCUAGAAUCAGUGCAUCACUCGCAGAAGAAUUGAAGCCCAUGUCAGGCUCGAAGUUCGAGGAGCCAACCUUGGCGCCUUGCCCCGAACGCGACAUUUGCUUAUGCUCUCGUUCCGUCGCAAGCUUAUUCAGAAUACCAACCGUCUUCACCGCCUGUGCCAUCUCACUUUCAGUAAACGAAAGCUCAGGGAUGUACUUGAGUUUAACACUUUGAGCUAGUUCAUAUCGAAUUUCCUUCCGCGCACGGCGAAGCCAACUAAUAGCAUUAACUUUCUCCUCGUCGCUUCCCCAAACCGACACAUUUACACGUGCGUUUCGUAAAUCAUCAGAGCACUUCACAUCAACAA